GGCGGGCAGGGACCGAUACCAGUCGAGUGCGAAUAACGGCUCACAAACGCGCGCGUUCUUUUAAAACUUACUAACGUUUUGAUUGUAGGCUGUAGAAGUGUUAGUGCUGAAUAAUUAAAGUAGAUUGACAAAUAGCAAAUUAAAAGAUGGUGGUGGACCGAGACAUCGAAAAGACCGACGAGACCCUCACAGAUCAGUAUGGGUACAAGAAAGAUUUUCGGACUGCACUCCCGCAAUUCCUAGCUGUUAGCGUCAAGAACUUGUUACUACUGGGUUAUGGCAUGACACUCGGUUUUCCAACAAUUCUCAUCCCUGCAGUGAGCCAACCAAUAGAAGAAGAAGUAUUAAGUCUGUACCCGUCACAGGUGGCUUGGAUUAGUUCGAUCAACUUAAUAGUGGUCCCAGUGGGCUGCGCGUUGUCCGGCGUGGUGACCGCUCCCAUGGGCCGGCGGCGCGCGAUGCAGUUCGUGAACCUGCCCUUCUUCGUAGCUUGGCUCAUGUUCCACUUCUCCACCACUCCGGGGCAUUUGUACGGAGCUCUGUUCCUUACCGGGUUGGCGGGAGGACUUCUUGAAGCUCCGGUAUUAACAUACGUGGCCGAGAUAACGCAGCCGCACCUGAGGGGAGCGUUCACCGCCACGAGCUCGAUGUGCAUCAUAAUCGGCGUGUUCACGCAGUUCCUCUUCGGCCUGCUCAUGUACUGGCGCACUGUGGCUCUCGUCAACAUCAUUUUUACGAUCCUUGCGGUGAUUGCCCUGUUCUUCGUGCCCGAGUCUCCGCAUUGGCUUGUAUCGCGUAAACGAUACGAUGAAGCGAAGUCGAGCCUGCAAUGGCUUCGUGGAUGGACACACCCCAGUGCCGUAGAGAAAGAGCUGCGAGACAUCCAGGCACUAUAUAAAAACAAAAAAGUGCAAUCAGAGGACGUCGAUGAAACUAUCAGAGAAAAAUUAUCGCACUACCUGGAGAGAUCAUUUUUAUUUCCAUUCUUUCUCGUCAGUUACUGUUUCUUCAUUGGGCAUUUCAGCGGCAUGACUACGUUACAGACAUACGCGGUGUCCAUAUUCCAGAUGCUAGAGGCUCCGAUCGACAAGUACUACGCCACGCUGAUCCUGGGCAUCGUGCAGAUAUUGGGGUCCGCCGCGUGCGUCGCUCUGGUGCACUACACCGGGAAACGGCCCUUGGCUAUGUUCUCCACCGCCGGCGCUGGGAUCUGCUGCGUGCUUGUAGCAGCUUACGACGGAUAUAUACAAAUGCAUAGUGUCUCGGCGGAAGCUAGUGCUGACACUGAUGUGAACGGGACUCUCGACAGUGAUAUAGCAAGGAGUAUAAUAUCAGGCUACUCAUGGAUGCCCACAACCCUCCUUUUGAUGCUUGCCUUCAUCACGCACACGGGCAUCAGGUUACUGCCUUGGAUUCUUGUUGGUGAGGUAUUCAGCGCAAAGACGCGAUCAGGAGGCGCCGGGCUCGCCAGCGGGGCGGGCUACGUGUUCGGCUUCCUUACCAACCGGCUGUACGUCGCCUUGCUGGACACCAUGUCAAUCCGGGGCACGUACGGGCUCUAUGGGGCAGUAAGCUUAACUGGGUGUGUGGUAUUGUAUUUUAUUCUGCCGGAAACUGAAGGAAAAGAGUUGGGUGAUAUAGAAAACCACUUCGCAGGAAUCAAGAAACUAGGCAACGAAGUCUAUAAACCUCCGAAAAAAACGAAGGAAUCAAUGUCUCAUCUCAAAGGUGCAAGUAAUCCAACGUUUGAAGGCGACGAUACGCAUAUGUAAUAUGUACGGUCAACCAAUUUGAAUCCUAGGCCACUCUAUUAGAACCCCGUCUUAUUGACACAGUGCAUUAUUGGCCAUUGAAGUCACUUUUGACGUUGACUGUGAAAAGGUUCUACAGUGGCCUAGGAUUCUAAUUGGUUGAGCGUACCUAAAAUAUAUUAAUGGUCUAGAUUAAGUAGAUAAUUUUUAUCGAGAUUACAUAGAAAAUUAAGCUCUA